AUUUUAAAAUAUUUAAAGAAGAUGGAUCUCAUAAGCAAUCUACCAGAAGAGCUUCUUUGUCAUAUACUAUCCUUCCUUACCACCAAAGAGGCUGCUUUGACAUCUGUUUUGUCCAAGAGAUGGCGCGAUUUGAUUGCGUUUGUCCCUAAUCUUGACAUUGAUGACACUGAUUUUCGACCGAGCUUCAUGGAUUUUAUGGAUAGAGUAUUGGCAUUGCAGGGUACUUCUCCCUUAAAGAAGUUCUACCUCGAUGGUAUCGGCAAUAUUGAUAUAGAUCGUGUGAAUGGUUGGAUACAGAAUGUGAUGGUGCGUGGUGUUUCCAAGAUUGAUCUAUCGAUCUUUGAUGAUAGGGAAUCAGUAGAUAACAAUAACCAUAUGUGUCCGAAAGUUUUCCAGAACAAGAAACUAGUUAAGUUGGAAUUAGAAUUUGGAUUUGAUCUUAGUUUAAUCGAUGGGAGCCUUUUCUUACCGAAGCUCAAAACUCUUGUUCUGAAAUCAGUUUAUGUAUCUGCUGAUAAGUUUGAGAUUCUUCUUCAUGCUUUGCCUGCACUUGAGGAAUUAGUCCUAUAUGAUUUAGACUGGAAAGAAUAUUGGGAUGUUACCGUGACUGUAUCAAGUGCAAGCCUCAAGGUCCUAACAAUAGGGUUCAACAGUAGUAUAAUUAAUUAUUUAUUUGAUACACCUAGUCUUGUUUACUUUGGUUACUCUGAUUAUGCCGCGGAAGAUUAUUCCGUAGCUAAUAUGGAUAACUUGUUUGAGGCUCAGAUCAGCCUUUGGGUAAGGGAAAAAGAGAUCGAGCGAGCAAGAUUGCCACACGGUAUUUUGUUAGAGAAUGAUGAAGAGAAUGUUAUCAACCGGUUUUCAAAUGUUGGGAACCUUAUGAAUGGCAUUCGAAAUGUUCGGUGUCUAGUUCUGUCUCCUAAUACUCUUGAGGUGCUUUCUGUAUGUUGUGAAUCAUUGCCAAUGUUCAAAAACCUCAACUCGUUAACUAUUAAAAGCGACAAUAAACGAGGAUGGCAAGCAAUGCCGGUUCUUCUAAGGAAAUGUCCGCUUUUAGAAACUCUAGUCUUUGAGGGUCUCUUGCACUAUGUGACAGAUAAAUGCGGGGAUGCUUGUGAUUGCGUUUCUCGGGAGGAAAAGGGUCGUUCACUCACAUCUUGUCCAGUAAAAUUGUUAGAGAUUAAAGGGUUUCAAGGAGCAACCAAAGAGAUCCUCCUGAUAAAACAUUUCUUGGACUAUUUUCCAUGUUUGAAGGAGAUGAAGAUCUAUAUGGAAGAGAAUGAUCCAACACAGCUUAUAGUCCCUCAAGUGUCUGAAGUUAUUGAGGAGAUGAUGAUGGAACACUAUAACAAGUCAUCAACUUGCAUUGUCCAGCUCCUAGUAAGUGGUAACUUGUAUAAGAAGUGGACGUAA